UGAUACCAAUUUAGCAAUUUUGUUGCUAGAUUUAGCAACUUUUCAGACUACCCUGGCAACUUUUUAUUCAAACAGCACCUAGCAACAAAAAAUAAUAAUACUAAUUUGGAACUUUUAGCAACUUUUGAAAAGUGACUCAAACGCUAAAAUGCACGCAUUUCCCCUCUAAAUUAAACAAAAACGAGUUUCUCUGUCACACACUCAGUCACAACACACGUGCCUGACUGCAAAAGUGCAUUGUGAGGGACGUCGGCAGCAGGCGCUCUGCUCGUGCACAGCCAGUAGCAAUUUCAGCAAAUGACAAGUUGUUGGCUGACUGUAGCAGCAGUAGUACGGGUUCGACGAGCCAAACCCAAUGAAUAUAGUUGGUCACGAAUGUUUGAUCUUGAACAGAACUUACAACAUCGAUCAACAUGCUUCAAUGAAACAUGUACAGAAAAGAGUGGGAUUCUGUACCUGAACAAAUGUCAAAUCAUAUUUUUUUGCCGAGAUGGCCAGUCAAUUUGAGUAAGGUUAUUGUGUAGCCAACGUAAUGACGCAGUUUUACGUUAUCACGCAAUGACAUGACAACGUAAUUUAGCAACUUUUACCAGUGGUCAACCUGCUUCUAGCAACUUACCCUGAAAAUUAGUUGGCAACACGCUGCUCAUUGAGAAGAGUAAGAACGACACGUGCUUCACGUCAGAGUCUCCAAAAGUCUCCAAUAACACCAGAAAAAGUCGCUAGUCUCUUUUUUAAAAAUGUGCGCUAGAAGGGUCUGAAUACUCGCUAAAUAUAGCGACAACGUCGCUAAAGUUGGCAACACUGGCUGAGGACCGAAAGGCGAACACGUGCUACACCAGCAGAGAGAUGAGUUCUAGUGAUGACAGCAAAUGGACCAGUUUGGCGGAAUGGGAGAAAAAGCGCUACAGAAACAUGACGAGGAACCACUUGGCCAUGUUGGCUAUAGGUCUGCAGCCGCUGGUCCCUGUAUUUAUGAUGCAUGGCCGGGAGGGUAAGGAAAGAGAGCGUAGAUCGCCCCCACAAGGACCUAGUGACACUGUGGAGGAAGAAUGGACCCCUCACCUGGAGAGAAAAUACCAGGGUAAAACUCAAAGGAGAAGGAAGAAUAAGUCCAGAACACAUUCUACAGCCUCCACAUCUAAACCCCCUCAGUCCAGAGCACCUUCAACAGAAACCACUUCUAAACUCCCUCAGUCUAGAACACCUUCAAUAGAAACCACUUCUAAACUCCCUCAGUCCAGAACACCUUCAAUAGAAACCACUUCUAAACCCUAUCAGUCCAUAACAACUAAAACAUCAUUGACUACAGGGUCCAAUAUCUCACCUGCUAUCUCAGCCUCAACCAAAACCCUCAACACAGCGACCUUAACCCCUACUGAUUCACAGACCUUAACCUCGUCCCCAACCAGAACCAAACGUUCUGACACCACAGCCACACCUAAAACCUUGACAAGCUCUGAGGUGGCCUCAGCCACGUCCACUGCUACACAGGUAACCACAAGGUCUGACCCCUCGAACCCAGCCAGACCACAGCUGAGCAGAGGACCAGUGGUGACACGUAUUUACACCUGGAUGUGGACUGACUGGUGCAGUCACAAAAUGGGAAGAAAACCUUCAAGACAACCUCACCUGGAUGAGCUGACUGGAGAGAGAGAAGGAGAGGAGAGAGAGAGUAGGGACGAGACGGAGUGGAAGAAAGAAGGAGAGGAGAGAGAGAGGAGGGACGAGACGGAUAGGGACGAGACGGAUAGGGACGAGACGGAGCGGAACAAAGAAGGAGAGGAGAGAGAGAGGAGGGACGAGACGGAUAGGGACGAGACGGAGUGGAAGAAAGAAGGAGAGGAGAGAGAGAGGAGGGACGAGACGGAUAGGGACGAGACGGAGUGGAAGAAAGAAGGAGAGGAGAGAGAGAGGAGGGACGAGACGGAUAGGGACGAGACGGAGUGGAAGAAAGAAGGAGAGGAGAGAGAGAGGAGGGGGACGAGACGGAUAGGGACGAGACGGAGUGGAAGAAAGAAGGAGAGGAGAGAGAGAGGAGGGACGAGACGGAUAGGGACGAGACGGAGUGGAAGAAAGAAGGAGAGGAGAGAGAGAGGAGGGACGAGACGGAUAGGGACGAGACGGAGUGGAAGAAAGAAGGAGAGGAGAGAGAGAGGAGGGACGAGACGGAUAGGGACGGGAGUGGAAGAAAGAAGGAGAGGAGAGAGGAGGAGGGACGAGACGGAUAGGGGCGAGACGGAUAGGGGCGAGACGGGAGGGAAGAAAGAAGGAGAGGAGAGAGAGAGGAGGGACGAGACGGAUAGGGGCGAGACGGAUAGGGACGAGACGGAGUGGAAGAAAGAAGGAGAGGAGAGAGAGAGGAGGGACGAGACGGAUAGGGACGAGACGGAGCGGAACAAAGAAGGAGAGGAGAGAGAAGAGGAGAAACAGGAGCUGCUGAACGAAGAGGGAGACGGAGAAAAGGAGAGCACGAGCAAAGGAGGGAUGGAAUCAGAGUGGAAGAGUGGAGGAGAGGAGGAGAGCGAAGGAAAGAUGGAGUGGAUGAGUGGGGGACAGGAGGAGAGUGGGAGUGAAGGGGAGAGCUCACCCAGCAGCUCUCACAGGGACCCAGUGUGUGUGUCAGAGCAGAUGAAGAGGGCGUGGCUAAAGCAGGUGAACCUCCGCAGCAGAGUCAGAGUCGGCUAUACUGAGGAAGAGGAGCUGAGAGACGAAGAUUACCUCUUCUGUGAGGAGUGCAAGUCUUUCUUCAUCGAGAAGUGUGAGCUCCACGGUCCCCCCCUCUUCAUCCCAGACACCCCUGCUCCCCUGGGGGCCCCAGACAGGGCCAGACUCACCCUGCCGCCCGGCCUGGAGGUCAGGACAUCAGCCAUCCCUGGAGCUGGGCUGGGGGUCUUCAACCACGGACACAGUGUGACCCAAGGGACGCACUACGGACCGUAUGAAGGAGAACUCACAGACACGGAGCUGGCCAUGGAGAGUGGAUACUCCUGGGUGAUCUACAAAAGCAAGCAGAGUGACAAGUACAUUGAUGCCAAGAGAGACACUCACUCCAACUGGAUGAGGUAUGUGAACUGUGCCCGUAGUGAGGAAGAGCAGAAUCUGGUGGCUUUCCAGUACAGAGGAGGGAUUCUGUACCGCUGCUGGAAACCUAUAGCUGUUGGAGAGGAGCUGUUGGUUUGGUACGGAGAGGAGUACGCCAGAGACCUGGGCAUCGUCUUCGACUUCCUCUGGGACAGAAAGAGCUCCGCUAGAGGUGUGAAUGAGUCAUCCCAGUCUCAGAUCUUUUCCUGCUCUGGUUGUCCGUUCUCCUUCACGGCUCAGAUCUACCUCUACAAGCACACAAAGAGAUGCCACAGGGAAGAGUACGUCAGGCUGCCGAGGAGUGGAGGGAUUAGAUCAGAGACACAAGCACCACCCAGUGGCUCUCAGCGGUGUUCAACAACUCCAGAUCGCACCCCAAUCACACUCCUCACCCAGAAACACAGAGACACAGGGAAGCCAAGACCUCACCACUGCUCUCAGUGUGGGAAGAGUUUCCAUCGAUCAGGAGACUUAAAUGUGCACCAACAUACUCACACAGGAGAGAGGCCAUAUCACUGUUCCCAGUGUGGGAAGAGGUUCAGUGUGUCAGGAAAUUUAAAGACACACCAGCGUAUUCACACAGGAGAGAGGCUGUAUGACUGCUCUCAGUGUGGGAAGAGUUUCCAUCGAUCAGACUUAAAUGUGCACCAACGUACUCACACAGGAGAGAGGCCGUAUCACUGUUCCCAGUGUGGGAAGAGGUUCAGUGUGUCAGGAAAUUUAAAGACACACCAGCGUAUUCACACAGGAGAGAGGCCGUAUCACUGCUCUCAGUGUGGGAAGAGUUUCCACCGAUCAGGAGACUUAAAUGUGCACCAACGUACUCACACAGGAGAGAGGCCAUAUCACUGUUCCCAGUGUGGGAAGAGGUUCAGUGUGUCAGGAAAUUUAAAGAGACACCAGCGUAUUCACACAGGAGAGAGGCCGUGUGACAGUCAGGAAGCUUAAAGCGUACUCACACCUGACUGAGUUACCUGUGGCAUUCCAAAACUCAAAAUGCUGCAAAUAGUUUGUUGGAAUAAAAAUCUAGUUUAACUGUGUGUACCACAUUUUUGAUUCCGCGUGUGCUGUGGCAGAGGGUGACUGCAGUGAGACAUGUUGAAUAUGACAGGCCAGGACUCAUCUAUGUUUGACCCUUACCUGAAUGUUGCAGGGAGCUGCUUGCUGACUGCCAAUAAGCUGUUCUGAACACUUGUAGCAAGUCUACAUAAGCUACACACAGGACAUCCCAUAAAGCAUUCUCCAUACUGUAUUUAUAGAAAGUGCUGUAUUGCCUUAACAUGCGUAGUGCCUUAAGAGAUAUUAUAGUAAUGAACAAGAAGUUGUGAAAUGUGAGAGAUUCAGCCCCAAAGAUAGUGGUUGUGUAUCUCAUUGAGUUUAUUAGAUGAUGUUAUGGUCAGGCAAUGAAGGAGAGAGAGUUUGAAAUAAAUAUUGAGAAAAUA